UCAUCAGGAGCCCUCCUGCAAGGCCACCACCAAGAUGAGCCGGCUCUGCUUCUCCGCAGCCCUUCUCUUCCUCCUGGUUAUCCUGGUGGACAGCACCCCGGUGUAUGAACACCAUAUCCAGGACCAAGGUCUGGAGACAAGCCAUAGAAGGGGACCUGAGAAGCGUUCAAUAAUAGACGUGAUCACCCAUGUCAUCGACGGUGUCGUUAAAGGUACCAAGAUAUUUCAUGGACUAAAAGGAUUGGCUGACAUAAUCAGUAAUGGAAUUCAAGGUCAGGUGAUGAUUUCUGGAACACAACUUGAGAACCAUACAGUCGAGGAGUUCCUAACACAAACACUCAAACAUGCAGCUUCUAAGCCUGAAUUCUGCAUGGAGCCUAAAUUAAAGGGUCCCUGCAAGGACCAGAUGACCAGGUACUUCUACAAUUCCAAGACCGGGUACUGCGAGCCAUUUGUAUAUGGCGGCUGUGAAGGGAACAAGAACAACUUCCAGACGUUAUCGGACUGCAUAGUGACCUGCUGUCCAGUGACUGUGACCAUGUGAGGACAUGUGAAGAGUGUUUCCCAGAAAAUGUGACAUCCGGGGAGGACCUUUGCAGGGCUGGGCCAUGGCUGCUUCUGAAACUGUUCAGUCUCUUGCAAUCCUUCUCUCCCCUCCCCUCUUCAGCAGAACCUGUCUAAUUCCUUUCUUCUAUUGGUCAAUAUGUCUAAUUCUGUCUCGCCCAGAUGGCUCUCAGCACCAUGAGAAUGUCUUCCCUUUAUUCCUAGCAUGUAGCUCAGCUCCUGGCACCAAGGCGACAGUUCCUAAUUAUUUGAGGAAGAAAGGAAGGAAUGUAGAAGCACAUUCCUCAU